AUGCUCGACAUGGGCGCGUCCUUUGCUGCGGAGAGCCGCUACAGGCUCUCUCUCGCGGCGGGUGCUUUUGAAUCCGCCAAGAAGCUGCUGCUGCAGAACCCAAAUAUACCAAUUGAGACCAGAGGGAAGCUAUUCGAGGCAACGGUGAGCCCCACGCUUUUCAACUUGGCCCUUUGGCAACCGGAGGGCAAACAGUGGCAGCACCUGGCGGAUGGCUACUCGAGGCAGGUGAGACGGCUCCUGGGGCGGGAGAUUAAAGGAAAGAGCAUUUUCCACUUACCCACGCCGGUGGGGCAUGUGAUUACAAAAUGCCGCCCCCUUGAGAUCCUCGCAUUCAGGGCAAGAGUCAGCCUGCUAUUGUCCCUCGUCAAAGCAGCCCCGCCGACAUUGUGGGGCAUGCUGCAGGAGGAGGGACAGUGGAUUCUUCAAGCACGCCGGGACCUGGAAAAGCUCGUUGGCAAGGACGAGGACAAAUGGCCCGCAGUCUCCUCUGCCACAUGGCCAGAAUGGUGGCACCUCCUUAAGGAGUCGCCUAUGAAAGUCAAGAGGGCGGUUGCCCGCCGGAUGAACAGCGACUUCGAGGCCUACCAGAAGAAGGAGAUCGGCAACAUUUGCCUUUGGGCCCUCCAGCGAGACCUACAACAACGGCAAGGUACACAGGACAGUACGCCAAGGUGGAGCUGCAGAAUGUGUGACAAGCCGUUCGGAACAAGAGCGGCUUUGGGCGUGCACUUCUUUGCGGUGGAGUUCUGGUCGACGGCCCGACUGGAAGACCAUCUUCGAGCAUCCAAGCGGUGUGUGGACAGCAUGACCGCCCAAGGAGUGCAGACUGGGGAAGUCAAGCCAGGCUACGGCAGCAGGCACAGACGUAAAGAAAGUAAGGAACACUACACCCCAGCCCCCCCGAAGGGGCUCGGGAGUUACGUGGGCGUGGCUGCAGCAGCUGACUGGAAUGAAUGGGAGAGGACCCUCUACAAGGACUUGUCUGAGGACCUCCUGACCGACGACUUCCCCGACGCCAAGGACUACGCCACCUCACGCAUAGCCAAGGUCAUCAACCAGUACCCGCUGUACCCGGAGGAGAUCGACAAGGUUGUCCAAACACUUGUUGAGGAGACCCAACAAGUGCAACAGACGGUCCGACAGUGGAGUGACGGACAGUACGAAGCUGUUGGGCACGGACUACUACAUGUUCGACGCCCUCCACCUGAAGGGAAUGUGCAGAACAUCGAUAACAAGAUCUCCACCUACCAGGAGUUCAAGGAGCAGAUCGACACCUUCUCAUGGCAGCGAGCCAUUGAUGGAGGUGAUGAUGACUACGGGACCCCGGAGAAAGUCUUUAAACUGGAUGUGAACUGGGAAGCUGCAUGGUUCAGUCGCAGUAAGACUUUAUCUGCUGCAGCCGUGGCAGAAGAUCUGCACACGCUCCUUCCUCCGUGCCUUUUAGACGCAUGGAGACAGUACCUUGGAGGCGCAAAGGUCCGUGUAAGUGCUCCGGAUUCGUUCUGGGCACAUGACUUGGCACGGCCGUUCGUGCGUUUCAAGGCUUUGUGCAAGCAUUAA